AUGCUAAAAUAUCCGGGUUUGUGGGUGACUCGCACGACUUCUGCUGUUCGUUUCGCAGUAUCUAUCGAGGGUCCAAGCAAAACCCUAACCUUUCCCCGUGUGCUACAAGCUGCGAUGCAAAACCUUCAUCGAAUUGUCUCUCGAAUCUCUUCGAUAUCACCAUUCACUACCAGAUCUUCGAUUCCAUGGAGAAAUUGCUCAACAGUUUCUUCUGGUAAUCCCUACGUUGAUACUGCAAGCGAGCAUGAUUCAUGGGAAAAUUUUGGAUCGUCAAGUGACCCAGAUUUCGAUUCUGUUUUUUCAUUUCCUACUGAAUUAACUGGUGAACGUUUUAAUGAAGAAGAUUUAUGUCGUCCAAGUGUUUGUGAAAUGGUCUCUUUGAAACACUCAAGAAGAAUAGAGGAUAAACAAGUUCGUGGUGACACUUACUGGGGUUCUAUUUUAUCAAUGAAAAAAACAUCUGGGAAUCCCUCGAGGACUUCUUCAACAUUGUCGUCUUCUUCCUUGAAUGAAGGAGGUGAGUUUGGGAUGGUUGAAGAGGUGUUCGAUGAUGCCUUGAAAGAUGAAAUGUAUAAAUUGCAUAAGGGGAAUCCUGAAGUUUAUACUAUUAAGAAAUUGGCGAUAGAUUAUGGAAUAAUGGGGCAAGGGGUUUCUGCGAUAUUGUUUUUGAAGGAAAUAGAGGAGGAGGAAGAAGAGAUGAAGAAGCUUGGACGUUCUUUGGAUGAUUAUGUUGAAAUGUUGCUUGAUGUUUUUUCGGAGUUUUUUGAUCCCCUAUCUAAUAAGGAAUUUAAUGUGUCUUCCCUUCCCAAUGAAUGUGAUUUGACAGUAAUGCAUGAGGGUUGGGAUGAGCUACUGGAGAUUCUGAAGAAGUGUGCUAUGAAAUAUCAGUCAAGGAGGAUGAAAUGCUGUGUCAAGAAUUAG